AUGCGAGCCGCUCCCAGCGUGUCGAUCGAUCGGUCGUAUCGCCAAACCCCGCCUCAGCCGCACCGUUCGCAGGCGCUGAGUGAAACGAUGGAGACGCCGCGGAGUACCGCGAUGUUGAUGCAAAGCACCACGAAUAGCCUCAUCCGGGGAAUUCAUUAUCAGCCUCAUAAUGCGAGCCUCACCUCACACAUGAGCGUGGGGGAGAUGCGUGAGGUCUCGCCCGGGGAGACGUCGCUGCAGCGCUCCGUCAACGUGCAGAAUUUCCCACCUCGGAUCGAGCCGUCGCCCUCGCAGGAUCCGAACCCUCCGCGGCGUAAAUCGCUCAUGCAAGCGAUCACGAAUUGA